AUGGCCGAGAUCUGGAGAUAUGCUAAUAUCGAUUACAGCACCUUAAAGCCUCACACCCGAUUUGCAAAAAAGCACCUUAAAGCCUCACACCGAAUUUGCCGAACCGCCGAGAUCGAAAAGGGAGAACAAAAGGCCUACUUGGAGUCGCAAUUCAGCGAGUUCUUGAAGCAACAGCUUCAAGGAACUUUGACAUCCUUUUGGGAUACUGUUAGCCUUGAGUUCUUGAAACAAUGGCCUGAAAUCGACGUGCAAUACCCAGACAAGUCUAAACAUCCGCACCUGACUGAGGUAGAGAAAGAGUUGCUGGGAGAGGCGGUGGCUAGGCGCCGACAGCAAAUUAAAAACUGGUUCAAUUAUAGAUCCCACAAAAGCGGUCGAUCGACCCUCAAUUUGAUGACAAAAUCAAUCAACAAGAUGCUUGGCAAUAAAGCGAAAGGAACGCGAGUUCAUACAGAAGUCGAAAUAUUCUCCAAAAUGAACUAUGACACCGACGUACGGGCAAAGAUCCAGGAGAAGAUUGAGUCUGGGCUGCUGGUAACAAAAAACGAAAAACUACUGGCAGUGCGGGAGACGACCAAGGCUGCAUAUGAGGCUGCUUCGUCUGAAAUCAAGUCCUUAUGUAAGACGAAGGCUGCCGAGGAGCGGAAUGCCAAGAUCUCGGCGAUGUUGCCAGGGGCACGAGCGACUGAACAACCUACCAAUGCACAGUACGCGAAGGCGUUAGAAGAGUGUAUCGGUCCAAUCUCUCAAUUUUUGGAUGCGGUGAGGCAACUUACUGGCUGGGAGUGGACGGUCAUUGGCGGAGGCCCAGACCCUCGCCUUGGUGGUAUGCUCAAUGUAUCGAGCUAUCAUACAGGUGUCAACGAAUCCGGUCUUACAUGGAAGCAGGCAACACCGAAUUUUACAGAGAAACAUCUGAACCCUUAUCUGGGUUAUCUUGCGACAGUAUUCAGCGAGGAUGACAGGAAAAGGCGUGCUCUAGACUACGUCCCUCCAGUGGUGCAAGAUGAGAACACCUCAUUGGAAGAUGCAGUGCCAACAAUGUCAGAGAGCGCACAAUCGCACGUGCCGUUCACAUCGGACUCGGCACAAUCAUUCGCAUCGCACGUUGUCGCAGGUCCAGGAUCCGCUGGUGGAUCCAGUGGAGUGGCAGUCACAGGUCCUCCUAUCAUCCCUCAACCUCAACUCAACUCACAAGGACCCGAGUUUCCGUCAUUCAACAAUGGCAUGUAUUCUUUCUCUGGUGAGAAUUCUGGGACUCUCCCCCAGUUGACGCUAUCGCCUGUCCUUCAAACGCCGACACUGCCAGGGGGAUCAUUCCCAUCCAAUUCCACAUUAGCGCUUCCUUCGCCAUCUCUCUCACCUAUCACAUCAUGGAAUGAGGGGUACUGGAACUCGAUGCCACCGCUUCAUAUGGCCCCCUUGAAUCAAUCCGACGUACUUCCCUAUAACUUCAACUUCUAUUCUCCCCCUUCCUUGGACGGUGCACAUGGAGGCCAACCUCACAUUGUUUCAAACCAACCUCACGUCGUCCAACCUCACAUUGUUUCGAACCCCAUCAACUUCCCUAGUACCACAGCGCUAAAUCCUUCUUACACGGAUACUUCUCUGCAACAACCAGCCCUUCACAAUGUGACUGCUCACGCUCCCCAGGCCGACAAUUCUGCCUUGAAUCCUACGACGUCCGCUGCCCUGGAACAACCCAGGCAAGUACAAGCUGGAGUGGACGAGCGCGUGUGUGCUACUUUGGCGUCCGCUGCCCUGGAACAAGUACAAGCUGGAGUGGAUGAGGUAGACGAGUGCGUGUGCGCUACUUCGGCUGGUGAGAAUCGUGCUAAGAAUAGUAGAGUGAGCAAAGAGAAGCAUCCGCGUCGAGUGGCAGUUCAGCCUUCUACUGAGCUUUCUACCUCGGAUGAUACCAUAACGGCGCCUCUACGCAAGACAACGCGGGUCCGUCAAGAGUCAACUCGUAUGGCCCAGGCAAAUAUGAUAGGUGCAACCAUGAAGAGACCUCACAUGGGCGAAAACGAGAGCGUCCCUCAAAAGAAGAAACGCAAAUCUACCUGA